GUUUUUGACUCUUGUAGUGUACGAUUUCUUUGCCUGGCUGUGAAAUAUCGGACAUUGACGCGAUGUCGUCUUCUUUCAAUGACGCUUUCUAUCAACUCGGCGGCGACUCGCCAAACGCUUCGAGUCGUCCAUUCGACGAUGGUUUCCUGAAUCCGUCUGCUGACGACGGCUCGUCGAUCUUUGUUUCGCCGCCAGAUCAGCACACUUCAUUUCCAUCGCCAAUUUACGCUUCUGGAGGCUCCGAUCCGGAAGAUGAGAAGACGUUCGCAGAUGCUUUUGCGGCGUCUAAUUCACCAGUUCUGCCGCCGCCAUCGGAAAUGCAAGAGGAAGGAUUUGCUCUCAGGGAAUGGAGAAGACAAAAUGCUCUUCUACUAGAGGAGAAGGAGAAGAGAGAGAAAGAGGUAUUGAGCCAAAUCAUUGAUGAAGCUGAUGGCUAUAAAGUUGAUUUUUACAAGAAGAGAGAGGCUAAGAUGGAAACAAACAAGGUCACCUGCCGCGAGAAGGAGAAAAUAUUCUUGGCCAGCCAUGAGAAGUUCCAUGCUGAAGCCGACAAGCAUUAUUGGAAGGCGAUUUCAGAGCUUAUUCCUAAUGAAGUUCCAACGAUAGUAAAGAAAGGUAAGAAGGAUCAAGAGAAAAAACCUUCCAUUGCUGUGAUCCAAGGUCCAAAGCCUGGAAAGCCCACAGAGCUAUCAAGGAUGCGGCAGAUACUUUUAAAGCUUAAGCAUAACACACCACCCCACCUUAAGCCAUCUCCAUCACCGGCACCCACCGCCACCAAGGAUGCUAAUGUUGGUACUGCUGCACCUGCUGUGGCAGUCACAACCAAGCCUGUUGUUGUUGCUUGAUAGUAUUAUGUUUUAAAGACUUGACACCAUACCCUAUCUUUGUUUUACAUUUCGUAUAAAAUAUGUACAUGUUUUUGUUCAGACUUGAUAUGAUCAUAUGUUCACCUUGUGCCAUCUACCUAAUUAUAGAAACUAUUAUUUAUUGUCCAUAA